AUGCCCUCCUUAGGGCCAACUCCCCGGCUGACCCCAGUUAUCUGGCUGGAUCCCAACGUCGUGGACCAGUACUAUUACACCGGCCUGGACCCGAAUUUGUCUUACGUCCCAGGUCUUUCACCUCUACCUGGAGAGGGCUGUCGACAGACUUCGGUGCUGGUUUACCCACGGCGUCAGGAUGCAGAAUGUGACUGCUCUGCACUCUGCAUCCCAGGCCCCGUUCCCUCGCCAGGCCACGCCACGCCACAUCAAGCUCUACCUCCAGUCCGUAAAGUUAAUCUCCAACAAGUUGGACAAAGGAUCACCUGCAACUCAGAGGGGAUCUACCCUCAACCUGAGCUCACCUGGUCCACCAGCCCUUCAUCCAGCAUCACCAACAACAACACAACAGCCCAUCAGAUUGACCAGCAGCUUUACAGCAUCAGCAGUUCUCUGAUACUUCCAAAGAGUGACAUGGAUCUGAAUUACAUCUGUGCAGUCAGCACUGGCAGAAACAGGAAGAGAGCAACCUUCAGGCAACAAGGAUUAGUGACUGAGAGCCAGUCUGAAACAACAAUCCACUGUUCCCCCUCACACACCCCUGUAACAAACCUCAUCUGGAGAUUCGACCACAGUCAGAUCAUCCUGACAAAGACUGACAGUCAGUACACAGUCUCAGAGGAGUGGAAGCAGCAUGUAAAGGAUGUGUCAGAGUCAGGCAGCCUCACACUGCAGGAGUUCUCCUCAGAUCAGGAGGGAACAUACACGUGUGAACUCGCUGAUGCUGUGGAGACUAAAAUAACUAAUAUCCUCGUGGAGAUCAAUGAAGGUAAAUUAACAUCAUUAUUUUCCUUUUUGGGGGAGUAAGCAUAGCAAAAACAACACUCAAAAAGCUAAAGGAACAUUUUGAAAACACAUCAGUUAUCAGUGGGAAAAUGUUUUGCUCGAUACCUGAUAUAACUGAGUAAUCUGUCAGGAACACUGUCAAUAUUUAGUUUUGUUUUUUUAAUAAAAACGUUUUUCCCCGCGUGUGAUGAUGAUGGUGGAGUGGACUGAGCUGAUCAAAAUGACUAUUUUCUUCCCUCCUUUUUAAAGAUUAAUAUCACGGUCCACACUGACAUUUUUAUAU